AUGAGCUAUCAUCGUCGCAAGAAAGAUUCCCCAAGAGGAACUAGUGGCAAUUCCUCAAAAAACAGAGAUCAAAUAGUUCGUAACCCAUUAGAUAUAGAGAGGGAAAAUGUUCGCAUUUUAUCCGAAAAUUUCAAUUCAUCCGAAUUAUCGUAUAAAGGAAGCGACAAAAUUGUAUUCAUCCCUCAUGAAGAUAAUAUGGAUACAAAUUGGAGACGUUAUUUGAAAAAAGAACUCACUAAUCAACAUCAUAUUCGCAGAUUCCUAAAUACAUGUUUGGUUACCGCCUCUAAAGAAACUGAAUACAAAGUAGAAGAAUUAAUUACAAAUCUGGGAGGACCUGAAGGUAGACAACGUUUAAGAGAGAUUAUCAUGUUUCCCAUAUCUGUUGAUGCCGGAUUACAACCUCGUGUUGCUUCUUUUCAACGUGUUACUCUGCCUUUCCUUGCGUUGUUAACUCGGUCCGGAAUAAUUGAUAGUAUUUUGGAAGUCCAUAUUAAUGCGGUCUUCUCUAUCGUUUAUACUAAUUUGGAUAAUUUCAUGCAUGAUAGGGUAAUGCCUAUGUUAGAAACUAUAGUCCUGAGAAAUUCGUUAGCUGAUAAAAACACUUCUCAAACGGAAUUACUUAGAGACGAUCCUAGUUCUUUUAUACCUACAUCAAUUGGCCAAUUUUUCUUGGUGAUUGUAAGGUUAUGUAAUUUUAUGCUUACCCGAAUAAAAGAAGCUGCUAGCAAUGAGACAAUGCACAACAUUGCACGUCGACUAGAGAAUUCAAAAAAUGCUUGGCAAAAUUCACAUCAGACUGACCCCAAUGACCCGAUUAAUUCCAAUAUUGAAAGUAAAAAUUACUAUUUCCAUAUUUUAGAUAAAGAAUUCAAAAUUAUGAAGCAACUAAUAAAAAAUUCUCAGAGAUCUUAUCCAAACGAACUCAAUUCAGUGGAUAAUGCCUCAAGGUCCUAUAAAGAAAGGGCACAAAUUGUCGAUUUAAAGCGUAUUUACGAUCCUCCUGGCGAAUUAUCUGAUCAUGGACCACGUCAUGAUAACGAUUUCAGUGAUAUUACAAAAAUUUCCAUAAUUCCUACCAAGGAAGAAAUUUUGAGCGUUAGACCACCUUUUUUACCUACGAAUAUUCCUGGAGCCCCACAUUUCCUUCCCGAAGGACCUGCACGCCUUCUUGAUUCACAGUUUCGUCUACUCCGUGAGGACAUGUUAAGUCCUAUUAGGGGAGGAAUUACAAAUUUCUUGCAAUUUUUGGUGGACUCUAAUAAUUCUAAAUUAAGAAAAUACAAAGAAGUGGGUGGUAGAUACAGAUACGAUAGUGGUCAAGAUAACGGAGAUUUAUAUAUUUAUCCCAAUGUUCGUUUUGCUGGAAUUACAGUCGAUAAAAGACGUGGCUUUUCAUGUCGAAUCGCUUUUACAGGACCAAAAAAUGUCGGAAGAACCAAGAGAGAUCGUAUUUUUUAUUGGCAAAGAUCAAAGAAAUUAAUGAAUGGAAAUUUAGUUUGUCUUCUUUGGCCGACAGAAAACACAGCUUUGGUGAAUAAUAAAAAUAAUAUCCCUAAUGCUACACAAUAUUCUCUUUUUUUUGGUGUAAUUGUGCAAAGAGAUGAACAACUUUUAGCCAAAUUUGAUGAUAGAGUUGAAAUCGAAAUUAAUUUCUCGGAUGCGACUGUUUAUCCAUUGGCCUUAAAUGACAUAUCAAGUCAAAAAAAUCGAAAUAUGGUUACAACUUCACGUUUUAUGGUAGAAUCCACAGGAGUUUAUAUGGAAUCUUACUACCAUAUUUUGAAAACUUUGCAAAGCACAAUGAAUUCAACUCUUCCUUUUGAAAGGUAUUUGGCUCCGACAAAUGAAAUGGCCGAAAGUUCUAUUGUAGAUUUACCUGACUACGCAAGAGCCCCGGGAUUUCAUUUUAAUCUAGGUGCAUUAUUACGUGAUAAGCAAAAAGACCUUUUUUUGAAUGUUUCUAACACAAAUGAACAUGAAAAUAUAAUUGAAAUUCUUAAAAAGGAAAGCAUGAUAGAUUCAAAAGGAAACAAGUUAGAUGACACACAAGCUAGAUCGCUUGUUUCUUCUUUAUGUAAAGAAAUUGCGUUGAUUGAAGGUCCACCGGGCACAGGGAAAACUGUGAUAGGGGUGGAAAUCAUGAAGGUUUUGCUGGCGCCAACAAAUCGCAAUAUAAAGCUUGGGCCCAUUCUUACAAUUUGUUUUACAAACCAUGCUUUAGAUCAAUUUCUCGAGUAUUUAAUUGAUAAAGCCGGAAUUGAUAAUAUUGUGAGAUUAGGAGGUCGCUCGAGAUCUGAUAAAAUUGCUCCUUUUAAUCUCGAAGAAAUCGUUAGAAAUCGAGAAAGACCUGUGGGAAUCGAAGCAUAUCUUUUAGCUCAGGCUUACAAAUCGCUUGAUGCUAUUCAAAAAGAUGCGGAUAACAUUCAAAAAAGAUUGAAUCAAAGAUGGUUAACUUGGAAUGAAAUUUCUCCUUAUUUAUCAUUUGAAUUUGCUGAACACUAUAAUAGAUUUUCCUAUUAUCAUGAUGAUCCCGAAGCACCUAAGUUGUUGUUAGACAACGAUAACGAUAUGAAUAUUGAUGAUGAGUCUUCAUGGCAAACCGCUGGCAAUGAUUCAAGAAAUAAAACCAUAUUCGAACAGUGGUUAGAAGGAAGGGACAUAAAACGAGCCAAAUCCAUGAUCCAUGCCAUGAAAAACCCAAGGCAACAACGACAACUUAAAGGAAAAGAGAAACAGAGUUCAAAUUUAAAUAGCUAUGGUAUUCUCGAUAAUAUCGAUGAAUUUUAUUACGAAUUUGAUGAUGAAGAUGAAUAUGUUGAACCAAUUUAUGAUUCAAUGCAAAGCUUUCUAUUGAAUUGGUCUGAACCUACAACAAAUCGUCCUUUGGAGGAGCUAAAAGACGAUACGAAUAUUUGGGAAAUGUCCGAAACCGAACGAAUAACAUUGCAUGACUUUUGGCGACAAGAAUUAAAUUUGGAAUGCGUUGAAGAUUUAGCACGGUUACAAAAAACUCAUGAUGAAAAGAGAAAAGAAGUUGACAAUAUUCAUAAUGAAAGGCGAAAAAAAAUUUUAAAGGAAUGUGAUGUUAUCGGAAUGACUACAAAUGGAACUGCAAAAUUUCAAUCUCUUAUUCGUUCUAUUGGACCUAAAAUUAUUUUAUGUGAAGAGGCCGGAGAAGUUCUUGAAGCUCAUAUUCUUUCAGCGCUAACACCAUCGACACAACAUCUUAUCCUCAUUGGCGAUCAUAAGCAAUUACGACCACAUGUUGCUACCUAUAAUUUAAGUUGUGAAUCAAGCAAUGGUAAAAAAUAUAGGUUAGAUGAAAGUCUAUUUGAGCGUUUAGUUAAAGAUAACAAAUCUACACGACUUGAGCAAUCUCAAUUAUUAACUCAAAGACGUAUGAGAAGCGAAAUUUCUGACUUAAUUAGAUUCACACUAUAUCCGAAACUUAUCGAUGGAGAAAACACCAUUUAUCCAAACGUGCGCGGUGCUCAGCAUAAUUUAUAUUUUAUUAAUCAUCGUCAACCUGAAGAUAAAACAAAAAGUGAAUUUGCAGUUCAAUCACAUUCUAAUCAAUAUGAAGUAGACAUGAUUAUUGAAAUGGUGAAAUAUUUUGUUAGAAAUGGAUACACUAAAGAAGAUGAUAUUGCUGUCCUUACCCCAUAUCUUGGACAAAUGAUGAAACUUCGUGACGCUUUAAAAUCAACAUUUACUGUUGUUAUUGAUGAAAGAGAUAGUCAAGAUCUUGCAGAAAUGGAAGAUGAUGAUGAUGAAGAAAAGCCAGAAAGUAAUGUUGAAGGAAAUAUCAGCAUCGCGACAAGGAAGUCAUUAAAUCAACAAGUUACACUGAGAACCGUUGAUAAUUUUCAAGGCGAGGAAGCCAAUAUUGUUAUCAUUUCACUUGUGAGAAACUCUUUAAAUGAUUCAAAUAGAGGUCCAAUUGGUUUUUUGAAGUCUGAAAAUCGUACUAAUGUUUUACUAUCACGAGCGAAACAUGGAAUGUAUUUGCUCGGUAAUGCUGAGUUAAUGGGCAACGAAUCUCAUAUGUGGUCAUCAGUUGUUCAAAUGUUAAAAUCCAGUGAUCCUCCAAAAGUUGGUGGUUCUUUUCCUAUCGUCUGUCCUCAACAUCCAAGGAAUCGAAAUUACGUGAGUGUUCCCAUACAAUUUGUUGAAUUUGCACCAGAUGGAGGAUGUUUAGAGAGUUGUGGGCAAAAACUUGAAUGUGGACACUUGUGUCCAUACAAAUGUCACUUUGAUAACCCAGACCAUAUUAAUAUAUUUUGCAGAAAAGAAUGUAUUAAAUUACAUCCAGAAUGUUUACAUCCUUGUAACAAAUUUUGCGGUGAAAAAUGUGGUGAUUGUUCUUUGGUCCUUGGUGAUAUAAUAUUGCCUUCUUGUGAUCAUUUGUAUCCAAGAGCUAUGUGUUAUGAAACUCGCAAUGUUUAUUCAAUACUUUGUCGCAUAAAAGUCUAUAAAACUUUACCAAAAUGUGGACAUAAGCUUGAAGUAAUGUGUUGUGAGUCGGUAGACGAUAUUGUUUGUAUGCAACCAUGUGGAGAGUUAACAAAGUGUGAUCAUAUUUGUUCGGCGCCAUGUCAUGAUUGCCAGAAGCGUUCAAUUAAAGCAAACAAUGAUGAACCACCUUUAGAUGUGAAUGGAUUUAUAAUAAGGAAUACACACAGAUCUUGUGCAAAGCCUUGCGAAAGAAACUUAUUUUGCGGCCACAAAUGUGAAGAAGUCUGCCAUGAGGGAAGGAUAUGUAGUCCUUGUAAAGCAAAGUGUACAGUUUCUUGUUCUCACUCUUCAUGUAAAUUGGAGUGUUUUAAACCUUGUGCUGCUUGUGCUGAACCAUGUGAUUGGUAUUGUCCACAUGGAAAAGGAAGAUGUCUUUUAUCUUGUGGUGCUCCGUGUUCAAGAUUACCAUGUAAUUUAAGAUGUGAAAAAAAAUUGAAGUGUGGACACCGUUGUCCAGGAAUAUGUGGUGAAAAUUGUCCACCACCGAAGUUUUGUGAAAUUUGUGCUCCGAAUGAUGUUAAAGAACAAAUGAUUGACUUUAUUGAACUUCAGACAUUUGCCGAAAUUGAUUGGAGUGAAGAAAGAAUGGUGAUCUUGGAGUGUGGUCACGUAUUUACGAUGAAUACUAUGGAUGGCCAUAUGGAAAUGAUGAAUUAUUAUGAGGGAAGUGAUGAAAGAUGGACCGGUUUUAAGAUUCUUUCAUCGCAAAGUGGAGAAAAUAAAAUGAUGACGUGUCCUAACUGCCGAGCGCCCAUUAAAAACAUUAAAAGAUAUGGAAGAUCGAUUAAAAAACGAAUCCUUGAUACUCAGAACAAAAAAUUUUUAAUGUUGUAUGAUCACCGUUUAAAAUUUCAAAGAAGUGCGUUGGAAGCUGCUAUAAGGAUUAUGGAAAAUAACAAACAGAAUAUGUUGGAAAAAUUUAAAAGCAAUCGAUCCUAUUCGACAGACCUAAGAGGUAAUAUUAAGAAGAACGAUAUUGAGGGUCCAGAUAAAAUUGUCCCCGAAGUUUCCAUUAAAGAACAAUUUUAUCAAAUUGGAAAGUAUCAUUCGAUUCCAGAACAACAUACAAAGCUAUGGCAAAAUCAUAUUAAAGAACUCUUUAAAUCAUAUAAUCAAUUGACAAUGAUUAUGGCACAUACAAAAAACCCACCUCAUAAAAAGGCUUUUGAUGCAGCUUUGACGCGUCUUUACAAUGAAAAAUCAAAGGUUCCAAUCGAUGUGUUUAAUUUAGAAAAUAUUAGCAUCGUAGAUGACGCAGUACGCUUUGAGCAAAGUCUUCGAGAAGUGGGGUUGAUUACACCACAAUUAGACCGCCGUGUUUACCUCGACGCUUUCUUUGAAAUCGUUAACGUUCAAAAAAUUAUGUUUCACGAAGCAGUUCGAAUAAUUUCAGAAUUACCGAAUACGGAUUUACCUCAUUCUGAGGAAAGACAAGGUUAUAUUUCAGUAUUAGCAACACGAAAAAAUUGGAUCGAAUUUUGUGGCAGGAUAAUGGAUUCAAUUACGAACCAUUUGGAAAAAAUUCUUCAAACAUGUGAAGAAAGUAAAUAUGGACGGCAUCUAGUACAAGCUUCAUUAGAAUUGGUAGAAUUUGAAUACCAAGUCGGUAGAUUUAAUUUAAACAAUCAAAUUAACCCUCAUGUUUCUAUGUCCGAACCAAUUAAAAGGGCAAUUAUAGAGAAAUGUAAUAAAAUCCGCAAAGAUUGUAAUAAAAUACGACGGGAUUAUUUGCCAAGUAUUAAUUUGGAAUUUUUUCAAGGACAAUGCGAAGCGAGGAUUGUUAAGUUAUUGAAUGAUGUAAAUGAAUUACAAGAGAAAGCAGAAAAUUAUGGACAAUUAACUCAAGAAGAAAAGGUGGCAAUCUACAGAGCCAUGAGUAGCGAAUUUAGUGGGUCAGGACACUGGUACGAAUGUCCAAAUGGUCAUCCGUAUACCAUUGGUGAAUGUGGAGGAGCAAUGCAAGCUAGCAGGUGUCCAGAUUGUGGAGCAACUGUUGGUGGAAGUAGUCAUAGUCUAACUAGUGGAAACAGACGUAAUGUCGAAUUUGACACAAUGGGCGGUAGAACACUAAGAUGA